CUUUGUCAUCCAGGAGAGAAGAGGGGGAGACAGAUAAAUACCCAGGACUGCCUUCUCUGCUGGAGGAAUUUUGGCCAGAAGCCGAAGAACACACAGUCUUCGUUUGCUUAUCCCCGAAUCGACACUGUCUACUUUGCUGCCUGCCCUGCUUGCUGGUUUCGACUUUAUUCACGGCUUUGGGGAAAAGGCAAAGAGACACAGCUCUUCUGAGGAAGGGGCCGCUCUUGCAAAGCACUGCCAGCUGGAAUUCUGCUGCCAUGUCCCUGGCCGGCAUGAAGUGUCUGGUGACGGGAGCAGGUGGGCUUCUUGGCCAAAGGAUCGUUAGCCAGUUGCUGGAUGAAGGAGAGAAUCUGGCUGAGGUGCGCGUCUUGGACAGAACUUUCAGCUCAGAGACGCUGCAGCAUUUUGAAGAUCUGAAGGGUUCAACGCUCUUGACAGUCAUAAAAGGGGAUAUCCGGGACACGUCGUGCCUUCAGAAAGCGGUCCAAGGGAUCUCGCUCGUCAUACACACGGCUUGUGUCAUUGACGUCCUGGGCCUGGUAGAGAAACAAGUGCUGUGGGAUAUCAACGUGGGAGGUACACAACGGCUGCUGGAAACGUGCCUCCUCCAUGACGUCAAGUACUUUAUCUACACCAGCAGCCUUGAAGUGGUGGGUCCAAACCACAGAGGUGACCCCGUGAGUAAUGGUGACGAAGACUCAGUCUACCAAGUCACCCCUGGAUUUCCUUAUGCUGAAACUAAGAGAGAGGCCGAAAAAUGUGUGCUGGAGUUGGACGGACUGCCACUGAAGGACGGCAGCAGUUUUGUGACAUGUGCGUUGAGGUCCAUGUAUAUCUUUGGAGAAGGAAGUCCUUUCCUUCGGAAGCACGUUAAUGAAGCCAUCUUGAACAACAAGGUCUUCUUCAGGUACUCCAGGAAGGAGGCUCUUGUCAAUCCCGUCUACGUGGGAAAUGUCGCUUGGGCUCACAUCCAAUUGGCAAAAGCCGUGAGGGAUCCGGAGAAGGUCAAGCAGAUCAAAGGGCGGUUCUAUUACAUCUCAGAUGAUUCUCCCCAUAUAAGCUACUCAGACCUCAACCACGAGCUGGGUAAGGAGCUGGGCUUCGGCGUGGAGCGCAAGCUCGCGAUGCCCUUGACGAUGCUCUACUGGUAUGCUCUGCUGUUGGAGAUCAUGAGUUUCUUGCUCCAGCCUUUCGUUCGGUACGUCCCUCUCAUCAAUCGCCAUCUGUUGACUUUGAUGAACACCCCGUUCACCUUUUCCUACAAGAAGGCGCAAAAGGAUUUUGGCUACACGCCUCGCUACAGUUGGGAAGAAUCCAAGCAGCGCACUCGCCGGUGGAUUGCCGAGGUGGCCUCGCUGAAGACAACCUACCUGAAAAGCAAGAAUAUCUAAAGCAGAGCUGUGGGGUGGCAGGAUGAAGAGUUCGCAGCCAGCUGGCCAGUGAACAGUUAGGAGGGAAUAAAGAGGACUGAGCGUAGUAGCAAGCCAACAUGCUGAAUAUCCGAAUAAAUAAUAAACCCCCCUGUU